AUGGGCAAUUCUCAGGCGAAAGAGAGCCGGCCGCUUGCUUCGUCCAGUCGCCGCAGUCAUCACCAUGGCCCAUACGGUGACCGCCACCAUGGUGAUGGUUCCAGGUCGAAUCGGGGUAGCCGGCCCGAUCUGUCCCUGCUCGGAAUAGGCGGGAGUUCAGAGCGAGAUCUGGCGACACUCGAACAUCGACGGGAAACAAGGCAGGAACGAGAGGCUCGCCGGCUAGAAAAAGAGCGGGUGGCUCGGCUCAAGGAGCGGGAGCGUAGUAUGAGAGAAGAACAUGUGGACGGUGGUUAUCUGGUGACCCAGGGUGUCUAUACGGGCCCAGAGGAUUUCAACAAGGCUGUGGUGCGACAGCUAAUGAUCGAACGACGACUUGCGCCGUUUUGGAGAGGACUGAAUGACUUCUCGGACUCGUGGACAGAGCACCAGCUUAUGGCUGCGGCGCGUGGUCUUCCCAUUCCCCCUCCCGAUGAGAUCCCCCCUGAGCUGGAAUAUAAGAACCCACCCAAGGCCGCGGAAGACGCAAAGGAGGCUUCGGAUUCAGCCGCAGUGCAGUAUUUGAUGGUCCCCAUAACGUCAAGAUCGCAAUCAUACGGAUCCGAUGCUUCCCAGUCUUCCACGCCCGCACAUUCCCUCCCCUCCCCAACAUCUCCUAUCGCAUCCGGCACAUCGAGCUCACCACUGUUUAGAGCGCGAGCCAAGACUCUUGCGUCGCUAACCACGCCGAAGCAUGGAAUCCAGUCUGAUGCGGCUUCACGUGAAAUGCAGUUGCCUCGUGACCCGUUUGUGAAUGGACAACCCAUUGAAGCAUACCUAUAUAAGGACGCGGCGGAAUGUCCUAUCUGUUUUCUGUAUUAUCCUCCGUAUCUCAAUCGGACGAGGUGUUGCGACCAGCCAAUAUGUUCCGAAUGUUUUGUUCAAAUCAAACGUCCCGACCCUCAUCCGCCGGAGCAUGGGGACUCUAACCCGGAUUCUGCUCCAGCUGAGGGUGGUGAACAAGCCGAAAGCCAAGACUGCCAGCUAGUGUCAGAACCAUCGGCGUGUCCAUUCUGUGUCCAGCCGGAGUUUGGGGUGACAUAUGCGCCCCCGCCGUUCCGGAGAGGGCUAGCGUACGCUUCUGAUCCGAGCUCGCGCCCCAAUGUGGCCUCUCCACUGUCUUCCACAUCCUCCCUAUCCUCCGGGAACACCCCCACCACCGGUCGUCGACGCGCGACCUCGUUAUCUGCAAACGAUCCAACUGUGAUCACUACCGAUAGGAUUCGUCCCGACUGGGCUCAGAAGCUUGCCAAUGCUCGAGCUCAUGCGGCGCGGCGGUCGGCAGCAGCAACUGCCCUUCAUACUGCGGCUUACUUGAUGCACUCUAACGGCGCUGGGAAUGAUUCUCGGAUUGGUCUGGGAAGAAGAAGUGUCAUGCGGAGAAACGGCGCGCCCGAAGCCCAGAAUUCCAACGCGCGCACCGGAUCCCCGGCGCUGCAGGCGCUGGCGUUCCUCACGGAUAGGCGUGGAGCCGGCCACGAAGCCGACUCGGCGGAAGAAGGGUCUGGUAACAUUGCACCACCUCGCCAGAGCUCGAGGCGGAAUCGCAUAGAUGAUCUUGAAGAGAUGAUGAUGAUGGAGGCGAUCCGACUAAGUCUAGCGAGCGAGGAAGAGCGGCGCAAGAGAGAGGAGAAAGAGGCCAAGAAAGAGGCCAAAAGAAAGGAGAAGGAAGCCAAGAAGGCGGAAAAGGUUGCGCGCAAAACCGGGCUCACCAGUAACAAUGCGAGCAGCUCCGCCUUGGAUGUGCCUCCGGAUGCGCGGCUGGGUAGGGUUACCAGCAGUUCCUCUUCCAUUGCGGCUGAGGAGCUUGUAUCAGCCGGUAAGGGUAAGGAGGUAGACCGCUCUGAACCAGCUGGUGGCUCUGCUGUUGAAUCCAGUGCUGCGGCCGAGGAAGUGCAGCCCGCGGCAGCAUUGGCAAGCACGGCCGACCAAGCGCCGAGUAUGUCACCUCCAUCAGUUGUCCAGUCAUCCAAAGAUGUCACGAGGCCUUCGCAUCUUCGGCAUGUUUCCAGCGCAUCGUCAUCGUUCUCCUCGCUGGUCGAAUCGAUGUCGGAAGACCAUGCGGGCUCGGCUGAGGGAGCAGGCUCCUUUGCAGAGCCCCUUUACAAUUUUCGCAGCUUGGCAGCCGUGAUUGGGGAUGAAGAAAAGGGCGAUGAAGCACCCGAGCAUGUUGAAGAGACCCCGUCCAAGCCGAAUGUGGAGGGAUCAGCCUCGCAGCCGGUGGCAGAGGCAUCCGUUGCUGAACCCGCAACCACCACCGAGGCUAAGGUACCCAUGGAGGAGCAGCGCGACAGGCUGAUGCCGAAAGAGCUGGAGACCCAAUCCGUCGAAAUUACGAGUGCCACACAUGAUACGGAGGCUACGUCGUGA